CAUCUUCAACCGUUGAAACUUACAGGUUUUCUUGAUCAUGGCACCAAGCUGUCAGCACGACCGGUCGUGAAGCUUCAGACCUAUCAAAAAAAUCCAACCAAUGAGGCCAUGAGAAAUCAAUCAUUCGAUGUGUCGAGCUGGCCCGAGCAGAGAUGAUUGUGGACACAAUGUUAGCCAUAGGGCGUAUCCAAAACGACCCCGCCUACUAAUGGAGUCGCGAGUUCAAAAAGGUCGCUCGGAAGCCGUAGGGGAACUAGAGUGCCAUACCGAGUCAACGAUCCUUUGGUAACUUGGUGCGCAACGAUAGACAUAUCACCGGCGAGCGUCCCCAGGACUGAAAUUAUCAGCAAAAGAUGGUCAAGAUCGAGCCGUUCGAGGUCGAGCAAUGGAUGGACCGCCUGGAGACUACUCCGGGUUCGCUCAACGUCGCCGAGACCUGUGCAGCCUCCGUCUCUGUUGAUGACUUGAUCCAGCUGUGCGAGGACAAGGACGCGGCGAGUCCACUCCUCCUCUCCAGGAAGCUGACGUACGGAGCCAUCCGGGGCUCCGAGGCGCUUCGUCAGCGUGUCGCAUCCCUCUUGGACCGCGCAUCCGAUGCCGAGCCGCUCCCGGCCGACAACGUCGUCAUCACCCAGGGCGCCAUCGCCGCCAAUUUUCUGACGCUCUACACGCUGGUGGGCCCUGGUGAUCAUGUCAUCUGCGUCUAUCCUACCUAUCAGCAGCUGUAUUCGGUCCCAGAGAGCCUCGGGUCCGAGGUAUCCCUGUGGAAGCUGAAGAAGGAGAACGGCUAUGUGCCGGAUGUGAGAGAGUUGAAGGGGCUGGUGCAGGCGAACACCAAGAUGAUCGUCAUAAACAACCCAAACAACCCUUUGGGCAGCACCAUCCCCCGGGCCAUCCUGGAAGACAUCGUUGCCUUCGCCCGGCCAAAGGGCAUCAUCAUCCUCUCCGACGAGGUAUACAGCCCCCUCUACCACUCCCUCCCCGCCGGAGUGGAAGCGCCUCCGUCGAUUCUCGCGCUGGGAUACGAGAAGACCAUCGCGACCGGCUCUAUGUCCAAGGCCUUUGCCCUGGCCGGCAUUCGGACAGGCUGGAUCGCCUCGCGGGACAAGAGCAUCAUAGACGCCGUAGCGGCCGCGCGCGACUACACCACCAUCAGCGUGUCGCAGCUCGACGACCAGGUCGCCAGCUACGCGCUUUCCCGGCCGGUAGUGGGUCCGCUGUUGAAGAGAAACACGGAACUGGCCCGGGCCAACCUGGGGCUGUUGAGCGCAUGGGUUGACAAGUACGCCGAGGUAUGCUCGUGGGUAAAGCCGACGGCGGGGACCACGGCGCUGCUUCAGUUCAGGAAGGACGGCGUGCCGGUCGACGACGCGAGUUUUGUGCUCGAUCUGCUGGACAAGACGAAGGUGCUGGUCAUGCCGGCGAGUCCUUGCUUUGGGCUGGGGAAGGACUUUCGGGGGUUUGUGAGGAUGGGGUAUGUUUGCGAGACGGCGGUGCUGCUCGAGGCCUUGCCGAAACUCGGCCGGUAUGUCGAGGAGACUUUGAUGGCGAAGAAGUGACACACUUGAUUGUUCACGUCCCGGCCUCCGACUACCAAGUGCAAUGGAGGAAGGUCAAUCUGAGCUGUCUCAAUCAUGCUGCUGCUGAAGAGCGAUGCUCGUCACGCAAUGGAAGGGUUUCAGAUUGUGCUUUGUUUCAGCGUCGAAGCAGUCCAGUCCAAAAAUGCCAAGAUCAUUAUGUACACUAGCCCAAAACGGCCUAGCUGCGUCAAUGAUUGACAUCACCGCGACGGGAUGGAGACUGUCAAGACUGGAUCCGGCUGUCU